CAAAGUAAUGCACUGCUUUGCGGUAUUGUCUCCAAAUUCUCAAUCAUGAAUUGUUUGCCUGAAAUUUUGAUUUGUUUGAUUUGUGCGUACCUGAACCCUAAAUAACCUCAAAUUCGUAAACAAAACACCCCCGAACUUCCUCUUCAAUCCCCAAAUCUCCUUAGCUCUCCAGGCUCUCCAAGAUGGCCUCCAGCUCUGCCAUGGUCGAUCAGCGCAUCUUCGAGCAGUUACAGAUCAAGAUUGACGAAGAUGCUCAGGUACGAGACCAAAUUCGAGUUAUCACGCAAACACUGGAGAGACAAGGUCGCAAUGCUCAAUCUGUCCUGUCUAGAGCCCAUUCAACUCCAGCAGCAAAUCUCCAGCCAGUUCUCGAGGCCGCAGAAACUGCUAUCAAGGAGGAAAUUGAGAGUAUCACCAAGCUGGCUGCGACAACUGCAGGCUCUCCAUACUACAAGUAUAAUGGACUGUGGAGUCGCGAUGUUCAGAAUGUAGUCUUCUCAAUCCUCCUUUGUGGAUGGCUUGGAGGCAUGUCUCUACAAGGCACCCCAGAAGUUGGCAGACUCCUCACGAUUGAGGAAGUCGGUCAGAUCCUCAAUGUUCCUGUCAAUCUCAAAGACCAAGAUGCUUUCCAUAUCACCAUCGAAGAAUACCUACAAUCCCUCAUAACCCUCAUCGAAGAGCUCGCCCGUCUCGCAAUCAAUUCUGUCACUCUUGGUGAUUACCAGCGACCUCUACAAAUCAGCCAGUUCGUCAAGGAUUUACAUGCAGGUUUCCAAAUCUUGAACCUAAAGAAUGAUUCGUUGAGGCGCAGAAGUGAUAGUAUCAAGUACAACGUCAAGAAGAUUGAGGAUAUCGUCUAUGAUCUUUCUCUGAGAAAUCUGAUUACGAGACCUGGUGCUACGACUUCUUAAGGUUCGGGUUUGUGGCAUACUGGUGGGAUGGGCAGGUAUGAUUGAUGAUAAAAUGGCUUGGGAAUGCGUUGGAGUUACUGGUGGCAUACGGUAUGGCGUUUGAGUGGCAUAUCUUCGCUGAGUGUUCAUACAAGAAUACAGUUCUGUGGCAGAAUCACAAAUGCAAUGUCUGCAAACACUUCAAUUUCUUGAUGGCGGGGUUCUAGUUAGG